AUGGGAGGCACGAAAAAGGACAAGAAACGUGCCAAAGCCGCCGCCGGAGGCAUAACCGCUGCCGUCACCGAGCAGGGUGCCGCCCAGUUGUCACUCGGUAAUGCCUCCAGCACCGCCUCGAAUCAGAGCCAGCCGACCUCGGACGCGUCGUCACCUCCCAUCAACACCCCGGAUCUCAAUCCCGUCGCCGCUCCAAAUGGCCACGCCGAGGUCUCGCCCAUGCUCGAUGCCAUCUCUGCGAGUAGCGCCCCUAGCAUGGUGAAUGAAUGGGCUCGCAGUGCCAUGGCCGGCUCCCCAGGCAAUCUCAUCAGUCUAAUGGGCGAGUCGCCGCCAACGCAGCCCUCCUCGUAUGAAGACUCGGGCCGCCUUCACCAUGGCUGGGGCCAGCGCAACUUCAUGACCCCGUCGCCGGCGUCCCCUUCUCCCCCAAACCGCCGACCGUUGAGCUACCACAUGGAUGCCCCAUUCCCGGCUGGCGAGACGCCUCCGCGCACGGCAGGUGCUGCCAGCAGACCGGCCUCGAUGCAGUCGCCCUUUCAGCACAGUCGUCUGGCCUCGCACCCAGCGCUCCCCCAUCAACCCCAGGCGCAUUUCUACGGAGCUCCGGAUAUCGACAUGAACUCGACGCCGCAGACUGGACGCAAGGCUGGCGACGAUGGCCUUUAUUUUGGUUUCGACACCUUGCCCCGAUUGGAUGACGUCUCUGCUGGCUCAGAUGACGUGGUACUAGCCGGAUACAAUGGCGGCUUGGACGUCUAUGCCAUUACCAAGAGAGGACUUGAGCCUACUGCAUGUCUCAGAGGCCUGCGUGGUACAGUGCAUGCCGCCAAGAUUUUGCCCUGGACAUUCGGCCCCAAGGACACCGUCGGACCUUUGAUUGCCGUGACCGUGCAUGGACCCGUGCUUCCGGCCCAUGCUGCCGACGACGCAGCAACACAGGAUGCAUUGGACAAUCUCGGGAGAGACGGCACAGCCAGCCCUAGAUCGGUAGCAACCCACCAAGAUGCCUUCCACCGGACGGGACCCAGCAUCGACUUUUACCAGACCACUGUGGAGGUUUAUUCUCUCAAAACAUCCAGGCCCGUCGAUGUGCUCCUCGAGGCACCCAAAGUUGCUGUAAAUGCUGGCGUGUCCAUUGCAAGCACGCUUUUCAGACCUCCAUCGCCCAGUGGCGCUUUCACAAUCAAGGCAGACGGAGGGACUAUCCUAGUCUGCUCGGGUUAUACAGGCGAGUGCUGGGCGUACACCCACCUUCCAGAAACCCAAAACGGUCAUACCUUUGCUUGUAUCGGAAAACUGUGGACUUGCCUGCAGCAUAGCUAUCGGAGUGAAGUUGUUGAGGAAUCAGGUAAGGCUGCGCCGUCAACAACCGAGGUUCGCUUCAGUCCUCAUACACCCGUUGUCGCUCUCGAUGGUCGCUGGAUUGCCUAUUGUCCUGCAGCGCCUUCGUCGCAGACAUCUCUUCGUGCGCACCUCCCUGUCCCGAUUCUCGGCCGCGGCCCUGGUGCCGGCUCGAUGGCACCGCCUCAUUUGCCCCAGUCCAGUCUGUCUGUAGAUUUGCCAAUCUCGGACAGCAUGGUCAACAAGAUUAUGCGCGAGACGACUCAAGAGCUGAUCCAAGGUGCCAAAUGGGUUGGCAAGCAGGGACUACAGGCUUGGAACGCGUACUGGAACAAAGGUAGCACAGCGCAAACUCAGCAGCAACAAGCUCGGUCGCCUCCUCAGCAGCAAUGGGCCGCCCCGCAGACCACCAGGCAAGAUCCUACACAAUUUCCGCCUACUCAUGGUACGAAUGGUAGUGCUGCCAGCAAGGACCCUGGCCUGGUCUCCAUCAUUGACGUGCUCUCGCUGCCGCUUUCCUCAACUGUCCAUCCACUGGCCACAUUUGCGCCUCCUGGCGGUUGUAGUGUCUUGUCCUUCUCGCCCUCGUCUCUAAACUUGUUUACUGCCAGUACCAAGGGAGAUGUUCAGACUGUUUGGGAUUUGCUGAGAAUCCAGCACACACACUCAUCUCCGUUGCAAGCUUCUGUCUCAACAAACGCCAAUGUCGGGACCCAAGUGAGGCAGGUGGCACAGUUCUCUCGUAUGACUGUUGCACGCAUCGUUGAUGUAUCUUGGACAGGACCCCAGGAAGAUCACAUUGCAAUGGUAACUGAACGCGGCACUGUGCACCUUUUGGAUAUGCCAUUCAGUGCAUCCAUGUGGCCUCCUCCUCGCCGGCGCAAGAUUGCCCCCACUGCUGGAGCUGAAUCGUCUGAGCCUACCAGUUCUGCUGUUUCGAUUGCGUCUGGGGCUAUUGGUGCCGCCUACCAAGUGGCAAAACCCUUUGUUGCUCGUUCCCGUCGCAGCAGUAGUAACAACGCCACGGUGACGACGAGCACAUUCAGGGACACAGCCGCGCAAGGAGGACGAGUCAUUGCCGCUAGCAUUAGCAGCUCUUUGGGCAAGACUGGCUCUGCCAUCAACCAACUUCGACAUACCGGAGAGAACCGAGUAUCGCUCCCUUCGAUUCUAAGUCUUCCCUCUUCGCAGUGCGUUAGAUGGCUGUCAACGCGCAAGUCGCAGCACCUUUAUGCUCUUGGUGGCGGUAUCGUACGAAAGUAUCCUAGCCGAAGUCGGCGCGUUACUUCUAAGCGAAGCAAGAGGCUGUCCCGCGCAAGCCGUUACAAGGAUAUGAAUGUGCCUAUUCUUCCCCAUGAUAGGCUUGCGCCCAUUGUCCGACGGUUCCUAGAGGGUGACAUCUCGGAGGAUCACUUGGACUUGUCCGAUCUUGAGAUGGAUGCAGGUAACACCAUGACUCUGAACCGCCACACUGCCAAGGCCAAGCGAAGCCAGGAUCGCCGAGUCGCUGUCUACGAAUAUGCCAGGGACGGACAGAUGGAGCCAAUUACAACGCUUCUUGCGGAUACUGGCCUUGAUGACCAUCAGCAAUCAUCCAAGAAGAAGAAGAGCCGACAGCCAAAGUCGAGUGCGGCUGAUGCCUCGGAAUCAAGUGUCUGGGCGUUUGGUCUCGAUAUCCCCACCAACGUGCUGAAUAUGGGUUUUCUGGCGUCAGCGGACGAUGGCAUGAAUGGUAUCGAUGACAGCCAGGCACUGCCACCCUCUGCCAUGGAGAGGCUCAUGCAGAUAGGCGAUCAGGAGCAGAUUGUGGUGACAACAAGACGCCGACGAGGUCGCCUCGGUGAGCCAGAUGAGGAUGGAUUUUUCGAGGACGAUUGCGAGGUGCUUGAUUUCGCCGACCAAAGGGUUUAG